AUGCGUCUCCUCACUGCACUGCUGCUGACCGCUGCCCUGAGCGCGGAGCUGGUCCCGCCCCACCCGUCGAGGAGCUCUGUCCACUCACAGAUGACCAGCGCAGCGCUGCCUCUGAACGUGGUGCCCAUGCACACGGGGCCCCCAGCCCCACACAGCAUGUCCUGCUACCAGUGCAAGGGCUUCGGAGGAUGUAUGCGGAAGAGCAGCUGCCCCCAGGCCUCCACCCACUGCGUGUCCGUAGCCACCCGACCCCUUAACAGUCCCGUGGACCUGCCUCUGGUCACCAAGUCGUGCUCCAGUGGUUGCCCCAACAUUAACAACCUGGCCCCCCAUGCAUCCCUGGCCUGCUGCCAAGCCAGCCUCUGCAAUGCGGACUGA